AUGAACAAAUUUACGCUUACAGUGGCCCUUGUGUUGUUGCUUUCGGUGCUUGUCGAGGCUGGUGUAACACGAUUUCCUUACAUCAAACGAGACUUUUGUUGCGACUCGGAUUCCUUCUUAUCUUUUGUGCCAGGAUUUAGCAAAAGCUGGUGUUGUGACCUUGAUGACAAGAGGAUGCAUGAUGCUGCUGCUGCCCAUAAUAGGCCCUCUGGAAACCACCAUCAUCAGCACCAUAGGCCAACGCCUACUACAAUGAACCAACAACAAUACCCUUCGUAUCCUCAACAACAGCAACAGCAACAACAACAAGCAUCGCCUUCACAUUAUACAACGCGCCUUGAUUCUACACCAGCAACCAUCAUUGUCAACAUUAACAAUCCUACACCCGCAUCCACCACAACGAGCACUGCUGCUACAUCUACCAAGGCAUCAGAAGAGAAUACUCGCGAGCACUGUAAAAAGUUGGAUGAAAAGGGUUGUAGCAGUGAUGAACGGUGCUAUUGGGAAGAUAGCCCAUCGGAAGCAGGCAAGUGUACUUUUGUUGAUAAACCUUCUUAA